AUGCCUUUGGUCAAAGAAGGCGCAGCGGGCAUCACCAUCAACAACAGUGAGCUUUGGAAAUCAUGGUUCCAAGAGCCGCAGCACCGGGAUACACUCUCCUCAGGAUCAUUGGAGUCCUCCAAGUCGACUGAGUGUGACCUUGAAAAGGGUUUGGAGAUGAGAAAGUGGGUCCUGUCUGGGAUCUUGGCCACAGAAGAAGCAUACCUCAGCCACCUUGAGGCUCUUUUACUGCCAAUGAAACCAUUGAAGGCAGCUGCUACAACAUCCCAGCCUGUUCUCACAGUGGCCCAGAUUGAAACCAUCUUCUUCAAAGUGCCUGAGCUGUACGAAAUCCACAAGGAGUUUUACGACGGACUUUUGCCCCGCGUCCAGCAGUGGAGCCACCCAAGGGUCGGAGACCUCUUCCAGAAGCUGGCCAGCCAGCUUGGAGUGUAUCGAGCAUUUCUGGACAACUAUGAGCUUGCUGUAGAGACAGCGGAGAAGUGCUGCCAGGCCAACUCGCAGUUUGCUGAAAUCUCUGAGAACCUGAAGGUGAGGAGCCCUAAAGACUGUAAGGAUACAGCCAAGAACUCCCUGGAGGCUUUACUGUAUAAACCUGUGGACCUGACACGCAGCACUUUGGUGCUACAUGACUUGCUCAAACACACGCCCACCAGCCACCCGGACCACCCGCUCCUGCAGGAUGCCCUGCGGAUCUCCCAGAACUUUCUGUCCAGCAUCAACGAGGAGACGACGUCAAGGCGCCAGUCUCUAGCUGGGAAGAAGGGAGAGAACCGGCAGCUGCUGAAGGACAGUUUCAUGGUGGAGCUGGUGGAGGGAACCAGGAAGCUGCGGCACGUCUUCCUCUUUACUGACCUGCUGCUCUGCGCCAAGCUGAAGAAACAGAUUGGAGGUAAAAACCAACAGUACGACUGCAAGUGGUACAUCCCCCUGACUGAGCUGACCUUCCAAGGCCCCGAAGACACUGAGCCUCUCACCAUUCCCCAAGUCCCGGACGAAGAGCUGGACGCUGUUAAGGUCAAGAUCUCACACCUCCGCAGUGAGAUUCUGAGGGAGAAGAGAGCCAACAAGGGUUCAAAAGUAAUCGACCGACUCCGGAAGAAACUAUCGGAGCAGGAGUCUUUGCUGCUACUAACGUCUCCCAGCAUGCCGCUCAGAUUGUUCAACAAGAACGGAAAGAGUUACAGCCUCCUUAUUUCUUCUGACUAUGAGCGUUCAGAGUGGAGAGAGAUAAUCAGGGAACAGCAGCAGAAAUGUGUUAAAACUCCUUCACUGACGUCCAUGGAGCUCCAAAUGUUGACCAGCUCCUGUCUCAAACUCCAAACUGUCCACAACAUUCCACUUAGUCUGAAUAAAGAAGAGGAUGAAUCCUCCGGUCUCUACGGGUUCCUGAAUGUAAUCGUCCACUCUGCCUCUGGCCUCAAACAGAGUUUAAAUCUCUACUGCACAUUGGAGGUGGACUCAUUUGGCUUCUUUUUAAAUAAAGCAAAGACGAGAGUCUACCGAUAUACAACUGAACCCAAGUGGAACGAGGAGUUUGAGAUCGAGCUGGAGGGCUCUCAGACCCUGAGGUUGCUUUGCUAUGAGAAGAGCUACAACAGGACCAAGCUGAACAAAGAAGACGGAGACAGCACAGACCACAUCAUUGGGAAAGGACAGAUCCUGCUUGAUGCUCAGACUCUUCAAGGCAAAGACUGGCAAAGAACAGUUAUUCCUAUGAAUGGGGUUGAAGUGAAACUGUCCAUGAAGUUCACCAGCAGAGAGUUCAGCCUGAAGAGAAUGCCCUCAGAGAAACCCAUGGGCGUGUUUGGAGUUAAAAUCUCCACAGUGACCAAACGGGAACGCUCCAAGGUGCCCUACAUUGUCCGUCAGUGCCUAGAAGAGAUAGAGAGGAGAGGCAUGGAGGAGGUGGGAAUAUACAGAGUGUCAGGGGUGGCUACUGAUAUUCAGGCUCUGAAGACCGCCUUUGACACCAAUAACAAAGAUGUGUCUGUGAUGAUGAGCGAGAUGGAUGUUAAUGCCAUCGCUGGAACCCUGAAGUUGUACUUCAGAGAGCUGCCUGAGCCCCUCUUCACUGAUGAGCUCUAUCCUAAUUUUGCAGGUGGCAUCACCCUCACUGAUAGUGUUGCCAAAGAGAGCUGUAUGCUGAACUUGCUGCUGUCACUGCCAGAACCAAACCUGGUCACCUUCCUUUUCCUUUUGGAUCACCUCAAGAGGGUGGCAGAGAAGGAAAGCGUCAACAAGAUGUCUCUGCACAAUCUGGCAACCGUGUUUGGGCCCACUCUGCUAAGGCCGGCAGAGAAGGACAGCAAGAUUCCUUCUAACCCCACUCAACCCAUCAGCAUGGGGGACAGCUGGUCCUUGGAAGUUAUGGCACAAGUCCAAGUUUUGCUGUAUUUCCUGCAGCUGGAAACCAUCCCCACCCCGGACAGUAAACGACAGAGUAUCCUCUUCUCCACUGAGGUGUAGAGCUUACACAGACCGUCUGCUCUGAACUCAUUCUAGCAGAGGUGUAAAAAAGGGGAUGGACACUGGCUCAAAGUGAGCCCACUGUAGUGUGUUUUUAAAUUGACUUGGAAGGAUUGUCUCUACAGAACAGAAGAUGGCACCACUCAUCUCUGAAGCUCAGAGGAUUUGAGGUCAUAAUUAUAUACACCAUUAUCCAAUAGUUAGUAUGAUUCCUGGUACCUGUAGUUAUUCACCAGGUGAUCUGCUUUUGUCACAGUUUACUUUUUUCUUGUCUCAUAAAUGAAGACGUGUUUAAAAUUCAGUACGUCUUUCUUGACUUUCAUGUACUUUUACAUUGCGGCAUUGUACUCAAGUUUGCAUUUAUUUUUGGACAAUCAUUAAGUCUUGAAAAACAAAUCAUCCCAUCUCAAAUGUUUUUACACAUCCAAUCUCUUACAUUAUUCUCGGUGCAUUAUUUCAGCAUAGACGAGACUUUUGUGGGUUUUUUUGCUCUUUUUAGUCACCGUUUUUUUAAAGGCAAUGAAAGCCAACGCCUGAUCGUGCUUACAACAUAAACAAACACGAUUCAAGUUAAGAGCUAUGACUUGAAAUGUGUUGGGGGAAAAAAAGAACUUAGUUAUCCAAUCUUUUUUCUUUACAAACCCGAAAAAGCAGAUUUAUUUGGUCAUAUUUUUACUUGGUCUCAUUUGUUUCUUAAGAUAGACUCUAGCCUCAGUGCACAGGAAGCAAUAUAUUUUCUAAUGUAGGAAUUGUCGAAAUGUUCGUCUUGUUGUGACAUAGGACAUCUUGCCAAACUGUUUUUGUUGUUUUUUGGGGAUAAAAUGAGGCAUGUACAUGUUUGUAAUCUUAAAGUUGUAUUUUGUUUUAAAGUUAUUACUGUUAUUUAUUUUGGGAGGUCCUGUUGAGGAAAAAAGACAUUUUUUUUCUUUAUGAAAGUGGUAGGUUUUAGUCUCGAUCUUGCUGUAAAAGAGCAAGACUUCAGCCUCAUUUUUAACAAUAAUCCCCUGUGAACUCUCCAUUUAAAUACCAUUAUUCUUAUUAUAAAGGUAACGCAAGCAUUGUAGUCAAAUCCUGUAUGCUGCUGUGGAAAAGGCUCAACUGUCUUUAACUGCUGGUGUCUCUUGGCGGAUUCUUCUCGCCUCCAGAGACGUCUGUCGCCCGUCUAGUGUAGACUUUAUGCAACAGUCAUAUUACAGAAAAGUCAUACAAAUCAUGUAGGAGAUUAUGUUUUUUGUACCAUUUAAUCUGUGGCAACAGAAGUGCACUCAUACAAUAUUUAAAACUACUGUAUAAGAAUUUAAGUGGCCUGACAAUUCUGUGUUUAUGUCCAGUGAGAAAUGCUUUUUUUUUUUUUUAUACCACUCGUUACCCUUUUUGCUAUUGUAAAAAUUUUCCGGUGGCAACAGCCAUGACAAAGCUCAUAACUUUCUUUGUUACUGAUUUAACAUGCAGGCAUGUUUUAUCAUUUUAUUGAAUUUAUUAUGGAUGACUUUGUAUUCAGACUUGAUCUAUGAUAUCACCUGUUGCUUUUGUUCUACUUUCUUGCACUCCUAAAACAUCUUUUUAGCCAGAGGAAAAAUAAACCUUAUGAUGAGGGUUAGGGUUAGAUUUCUGUAUACACCAAUCAGCCACAACAUAUAAAUCACAAACUCAUUAUUUCCAUAUUUCAGGCUAAUAUUAGGCAUUAAAUACAUGUUUGCUAUUAAUGCCUUAAUCCUCAGGAUUUAAUAGACGUUUUCUGAGUCAUGAUAGUUUGUGUCAUAAGUGACAUGGUCCUUGUAGUGUGCAUGUUUUCAGGUCUAGAAAACCACCUGCUUUUACAGACUCUGUAAAUCUUCUGAAAACAAAAUUGGAAUUUUACAUAAAGCUAAAAGAACAAGUUCUCAUUUGUAACAUUUUGAAGUCAUGCAAAAUAACAUUUUAUUCAUUAAUCUUCAGUUUUUUAAAUUGUGGAGAACCAUGCAUGACCCAGUUACUGGUAUCAAAGUUUAAAGUUGCAAUUUACCUUUAAAUUCUAAUUUUAAAGUUAAAAUUAUCACAUUAAAAAUGGAUCAAAUAACCUGCUAAAAAAUGCACAUCAAUGCUGGAGGGUCAUGAGUUUUUGUGACUUUAGAGAGCCUUUAGUGUUGCUGAUAAGCUUGCUGAGUCAGAGUGAAUUAGGCUUAAAAGAAAAAGAUAUUAGGUUGUCUGGAAAUAUUUCCAGUUCUGAGCAACUCUGACAAUCACUGCACAGAAACUAACAAAGUGUCGCCCAUUACCCUUUUAAAAGUAAAAGUUUUAAAAGACCAGUGGAGCAGAUAGCUUGACUAAUUUACCAGCCUAUAUCCUCUCAUUCUACUUGUUUUACUUUAUGUAAAAAGUAGAAUGCCUGAAAUGCUCAAUAAGCACUUGAAUACCACUACUUGCUCUUUUGGGGGUUUUUUGGAUUUUUUUCCCCAGCAUUUUAGAAGGUGAUUAUUUAAAUAAAAUACUUCGAAAUGACUAAUAUUUUGUAGAUAACAUAUAAAUGUAAAAUGAAUAUGUUCCAUUAUUUUAGCAGUUGGUUGCCUUUGUGUUUUAAAAGUAAUGAGAUCAGGGUACAGAUUUUGCUUUUAAUUUUUUGUAUAAACACCACAUUGCUGUAAAAUUGUAGUUUUUUUACUCAAGGUUUUCAUACUGUGAGGAUCUCAUAGGUCCUCCUCCCUGCUGAGAUCCCACAAAAACUUGCAUGGUCACCAUUUUACAAAUGGCUUGCACAGACAUGCCUUGGGCGAUUGAUUGGAUUUUUGACCUUUCAGGUUUUAUCUUUUUAUUAAAAUUUUUUGCAGCCCUCAUUUAUGAAGCAUAAAUAAAUCAAAGAAAAUCUGUGAUAACCUGUCAUUUGACAAUGGCAAAGCUUUGAGUCUUGCAGUUAAUCAAUUUUGAUAAAUAUCAAAAAUGCAUCCAAAUCGGAAAUCUCCCUGUAGAAUCUUUUCCUGGAAGAAAAAUGUAAAAAUUGGUGCUAAUGCAUCUGAGCUGAUGUGCUUCUUUUGUUGUGGUUGACUGGUGUCUAUCAGGGACCUUGCUAAAAAGGGUUUACUAUUUAUUUUUUUUAACUAUGAUUAUCGACAGAAACGUAGCAUACGAACAAGUACGUAAGAACAAAAGCAAGCAAUCAGCCUCUUGGGAUAUUUGAAAUCACUGUUUUGAUCUUAUUUUAUUUUCUGGGUUUUUCCUGCUGGCGUGAUAUUUUUGCUUCCGCAAUAUAAUUUGACUACGUUUCACUCACAGUUGCAUGCUUUCAGCCUCGUUUAGAAUGUGGACAUUCGGUCAUGUUUCUCCUUCAUACAAAGUCCCAGCUGCCUGUACUUAUCCAACCCUUUUGUGCCUCAACACUUGCUUUUGUUUACCACCAAAAUUUGCUUUGUCUUUAUGUCAGCCGAGAGGCUGGUGGUUAAGAAAGACAGUCAUCCUCUUGUUGCCUUUGCUGAGGACAGCCACACAUCUUUCAUCUUUUACUUAUAGGCUAAGACAGGACCUUAAAAUACAAGCAUGGUCUUAGCUCAUUCUGUACAUGAGCAUUCUUUCAUCCGACCUCUAAUGCUGUAAGUGAAUGAAACCCUGUGCUAAAGUUAAUCCUCUAAGUGCAACACCUAGUUUUUUCUCUUAUAAUGCCUUUUGUGCUGAUUUAUUUAUGAUUCCUUCUAGUUCGGUAUAAGAUGGUCUGCUUGAUCUGUUUAUUUAUGGUAAAAUGUCAAAUUAAUGUUAGAAAAAUGUCUUAAUAUAAUGUGGUUUCUCUAGGAAAUUAAUCUGCUUCUUCUGCUGUAUUUAAAACAUUUUGUUCUAAUUUUGUCUCAGUACAAGAACCACCAAGUAGCUCUGUAGACACAUUGUCUUGCAAAAAUAUUCACACUGCUGAAACAUUUUUACAUUUAUUAUUUUCAACCUCAAAUUAAAUGUAUUUUAUUAGGAUUAUAUGCUUCACCAACACAAAAUAGUGUAUACUUAUGUAGUGUAAAAGAUGAGAAUACCUGCUUUAAAAAAAAUGUGAUGCACAUUUAUAUUGUGAGGCUGUAAAGAAUGUUACAGUGCAAGAGGAACUGAAAUUAUUGGGCAUCUGUGAACAGAAAUGUUCAACUCUUGUCACAAAUUUACAAUUGGAUUUGGGUUUGGACUUUGACUGGGUCAUUGCAACCCCAAAAUUUGCUUUGAUAGAAACUGCUCCAUUGUAGCCAUGGCUGGAAUUAAGGUCGAUUUUUUUUUGCUCGAAGAUGAAUGCAGGUAAAACUGUUUAUUUUUGGUCUCAGCUGUGCACAUCACUUUCUUCCAUGUGUUUACAGUGGCUUGGUAGGUUUGAAGCAUAGACAUACUCUUCCCAAUUUUGGAUGACACAUUUCAGACCAAUGGAAUGAAGGAGUCGUAUUGUUGCAUGAAACAAUUGAAAACAAUGUGUCAGUUUUCUUUCUGUUUGACAACUAGGCACUCCUUUGUGUUGGUUCAUCACAUAUAAUCACAAUAACAUGCAUUGACAUUUCUGGUUGUGAUGUGACAAAAUGUAGAAAAGGCGCAAAUAUUUUUUAUGAACAGAAAAAUAGCAUAUGUUUUCCAACGUGCGGGAACACUCAGUUCCUGAACGUCAGCACAGCGUAUUUAUUUAUUUCAAACAACAGACUGCCCACUGUGAUUGUUUAUCUAUAUGAUGUGGACAACAGUAAAGAAAGUGCAGGUUCAAAUAACUCAGACUCCUUUUUUCCCAUGGAGUGUAUAAUAUGUAUGAUACUAGAGAAUACAUAAUUUGGUUUCCCUGUUAUUUAUUGCGCAGCUCUCUGGAUCAAGCUGGUACACCUUUAACCUCUUUGCAAAUCUGACCUGUCAGUUCGUGGUAGAGGAGAGUCUUAUAAUGCUCUAAAUGUAUUGUUUUGCUCCGUCUGUCACUGUACUUGCAUGUUCUCACCACAGUCUGUCCCAGCCAAAAAUCUCAAGUUUUUCUGUGGGCUUGCCUGACGGUGCAUAUUGCUUUAAAUGUGCAUUUAUUACAUCAGAUCCUGGUAUUUAUUGCCAUAUUAUAGGUGACAUGACACAACCUUCUGCUGCCACUUUUCAGAAAUCAUGCCAUCAAUAAAUUUGCCUACUAAGCGAUGUUCUAGUUAUUUUUUAAAAAUUGAGGACAUAAUGUUAAACUCCUCGAUGAGACAUGUUGACCAACUAUGUCACUUUCUAUUUUUGAGUCUUUUUGUCUCUGUUUAACUAUUCAGUGUUCUGCUUGUAGAACUGUAAAAAGGAUUACUGUAUUCUGAGGGUAAAACAUGUUUGAGAGGCAUUUGCAGCCUAUGUUUGUACACAAAAAUAGUAAAUAAAAUCUCCUGUAUCUACAAAGAG